CGUCUCACUCCAUAUUCACCACACAUUCCUUAUACUUCACUUUCAUCCAUAAUUUAAAUGCUAAUGUUUUAGCUGAAACACCAAAUUCAACUGCAAAAAUAAUAUUACUAGUUUUGCUUGAACCCGACAUCCAUGGCUACACACGCAAGUCUAGCUCCUUCAAGGAUCCGUGCAACAACCAGGCUUCCUUCUAAGACCACACACUCUUUCCCCUCUCAAAUUCAAUGCUCUUCCACGAGAUUACAAGUUACUGAAUUCUCUGGACUGCGCUCCGCCUCAUGCGUCACAUUCGUCAACAAUGCUAGAGAUGCGUCCUUUUUCGAUGUGGUGGCUGCUCAACUUACUCCAAAGACUGCAGGUGGAGCAACACCUGUUAGGGGCGAAACAGUUGCCAAAUUGAAGGUUGCUAUCAACGGAUUUGGACGCAUCGGCAGGAACUUUCUCCGAUGUUGGCAUGGCAGGAAGAACUCUCCCCUCGACGUGAUUGUUGUAAAUGACAGUGGUGGUGUCAAGAAUGCUUCACACUUGCUGAAGUAUGAUUCAAUGCUGGGAACUUUCAAAGCUGAUGUAAAAAUUGUUGACAAUGAAACUAUCAGUGUUGAUGGUAAGCCCAUCAAGGUCGUCUCUAACAGGGACCCCGUCCAGCUUCCGUGGGCUGAACUUGGCAUUGACAUUGUUAUCGAGGGAACAGGAGUCUUUGUAGAUGGCCCUGGAGCUGGGAAGCACAUACAGGCUGGUGCCAAGAAAGUUAUCAUAACAGCUCCAGCUAAAGGUGCAGACAUUCCAACCUAUGUUGUUGGAGUCAAUGAAGGGGAUUAUGACCACGAGGUCUCAAACAUCAUAAGCAAUGCUUCAUGCACCACAAAUUGCUUGGCUCCUUUUGUGAAAGUCAUGGAUGAAGAAUUCGGCAUUGUCAAGGGUACAAUGACAACCACCCACUCUUACACUGGAGACCAGAGGCUCUUAGACGCUUCACACCGUGACUUGAGGAGAGCCAGGGCUGCAGCAUUGAACAUUGUACCAACAAGUACAGGUGCUGCCAAGGCUGUCUCCCUUGUGCUUCCUCAGCUCAAGGGCAAGCUCAAUGGCAUUGCACUUCGUGUACCAACACCCAAUGUAUCUGUUGUUGAUCUGGUUGUGAAUGUUGAGAAGAAGGGUAUCACAGCUGAAGAUGUGAAUGCUGCAUUCAGAAAGGCAGCCAAGGGGCCAUUGAAGGGCGUAUUGGAUGUGUGUGAUGUUCCUCUUGUCUCGGUGGACUUUAGGUGCUCUGAUGUUUCCUCCACCAUUGACUCUUCAUUGACCAUGGUCAUGGGAGAUGACAUGGUCAAGGUGGUGGCCUGGUAUGACAAUGAAUGGGGUUACAGCCAAAGGGUUGUUGAUUUGGCACACUUGGUGGCAAGCAAGUGGCCAGGCAUGCCUGCAGGAGGAAGCAGUGACCCCUUGGAGGAUUUCUGCAAGACAAACCCAGCUGAUGAAGAAUGCAAAGUUUACGAGGCUUAAAUGAUUGCAAUUUUCAUUUUUUUUUAAAAUUGUUUUCCAUGCUGGUGGUAUAGUUAGUGGUCAAGAUUUUCCAGUGUUCAUGUUAUCAAUAAGCUCAUUUUGUAGUAACACCAGAGUGCAUGAAGAGAAUUUAUCAAAUAACAUUUGAAUGCAUGAAGCUAUAAAAGAACAGCAAUAAUCUUUGGAAUGA